UCCAGGAGUCGAAUCCUUGUCGGAGAAGACUAUGAUUACGUCCUUUGGUUUCCCUGCUUGUAUUCUACCUUACUUACCUGCUUACUUAUUUACUGAAACAUGAUGGCGACAGCAGUCGAAGAUGGCAACUGCAAGAUGUGCGAGGACAGAGAAAGGAUCUGGAAGCGAAGCUUUGUUCUUGAUGUAAACUCUGCAUUGGAUCAAGAGGAUAACCGUGCGCUGAAAGCCCUCUCCGUGUCGCCUGACUUUGCAGUUGUCGUGUCGUCUGUCGAUGGGGAUGGUUGGACACUCCUGCACAAAGUCGUUGGGCAGCAAUUGGAAAGCAGCGCUGAGUUUUUGCUCAAGAGCGGAGCUAAUCCCAACAAAGUCAAUCACUCUGGACAUACAGCUAUGCAUGUAGCUUGCUCAACAGGCCAUCAGAAAAUCAUCAACAAGUUGGUGCGAGCGGGUGGCACCUUGUCUAAACCAGCGGAUACAUGCGGCCACACGCCACUGGAUUAUGGGCCGUGGAGUGUGACGUCAAAGUACGCUCUGGUGCAGGAUGGAAGUCAUGCAGAUGGGCCAAUUAUCAAACCAUGCCAAGACGUCCUCCACCUAUCUGUCCCUAUACUCGACACGAGACGAGAUUACUCAUACAGUUUACUGCGGAAAGGUAGAUUGGGACGGUACCAGUCAACAGAUGCACUGAUUAAGCACGGCAAAGAAAACGAGGCCAACUCAGCUACCACCAAUAAGACGAAGAAGAAACUGCUUCGCAAGCCGCUGCAGCAGAAGAACUCCAGCAAGUCGUUGCCACAGGAUCCAACACCUCCCAGUCCUAAUUCACAGCAAGACAUCGACAAUGUUCUACAGGAUAGAAGCAACAGUCCAGGUCGUUUCCGACUGCGACCCAAGAGAAGCCUUCAUCAAGUGGUUAGCACAAUUCGUGGCUGGAAAACUCCCACUGAUCAGACUAAUUCAACGGACAGCGAUGAAAACCUUGGAAGUGCACCGAGCUACACGUGGAGAAACGAAGGGUCCCAUUUCUCCAGCCCAGAUUCAACCACCUUACCGACUAUCACAGAAGAGUGUGGAGCUGGCAAUGGCGGUGCCUGCAAUGAUGCCUCAACCCCGGAUGAAAAUCCUGAGCAACAAGGAAUCACACUGAGAGCUCAAGAGGAACAUGUUGCCCGGCACUUGCCGCACAACCCUGAAGGCUCCUCCGAUUUAGCUGGCCUGGUGGAAACAUCGAACGAUUGUGCCGGAGUGCCACCUCCACCAUCUCCUGACGAUGGCAACACACUCCACACUGGCACCAUUGAGGGAGAGAUGUUAUCAAAUUCUAGUGGACUCAUCAUGAAAAUCAGUGAUGGCACUCCGAUCAGCUUACCAAGUGAUGAAGACGCUUCUCCUAUGGAUUUGAGUAUUAUUGCACAUCCGGGCAGCAACUUGCUGAAUGAGAGUGAUGAGGCGGAAGAGCAGCAGUCUGUGGGCAACUGCAUAACGCCAGAGGGAGGCAUCGACGGCAUGUCCGAUGACAUUGAGAAUGUCAGAGUGCCCAACGUCAACAUUGAGCGCAUGUUCGGAGAGCCUACUCCACGUCGCAUCAUGCCACUAGGCACGGUGACCAACACCAUACACGAUACCGACAUGCACAAGGCAAAGCACACAAGCAAGCCUGUGAUCGACGGCGAUAGUAAUCCAGAAGAGGAUGAGACGCUUGUAAGGGUUCUGGCACAAGCAAAUUUCAUCUGAUUGCAUGCACACAGGUCAAAAGCAAGCACAUGAUUGAUGGUAAUCAUAAUCCAGGAGAAGAUAAUAAUUUGUGAAGAUCCUCGCAGAAGCAAGUCUCACCGAACUGUAAUGUAUCUCGUGGCAUGGGUUCUCACCGGAUCAAAUUUCUUCAGCGCAUCCUAACAUUAGCGCCAGCAAGUACUCUAAAAGCCUAUGACUGCGACUGGCCGGUAGCCUCAGCACUGCUUCACUUCAUUACAGGAUAUGCUACGUUAUAAUAUUCAAAUUCCUCUUUGUGGUCUGGAGUAUGUACCACACCUGUGUUCUCUCGGAAUUACGCUCUGUACAAAUAUCAGGACUACUGGUGUACCAUGAAAUCGCUAGUGCGUAACCUGUUGCACACAGCAACUGUGCAACUUCCAUUUGAAGCAAUGCUGUACUAAUGUGUAAGCUUGAUGUGCUGGCAAAAGACAAAGCUAUCAGCCAGACCGAUUCUGACAUGUUGAGCACAUCAUUAUGAUGAUUAUUGUAUUUCAGAUCACAUGGAAUAUGUACAGUCAUGUACUUGGCUGCUUUGUACCACCACACAACCAUAAUUAUAAACCUGCUCUCGCCUUUCUAUCUUCCGUGCAAUGCCUGUCGAAGUUUUUUUGCAGCCUGUCGGUUCUGUGUCCAAGAAGCCUGUAGUUAUUUAGUAGGUGCUUGUCCACAUGCAUGUACAAAAUCAUUGUGCAUGUUAUUGCGCAAUAUCUUGUACAAGGCUGCGAACAUUGUAUUUCACUCCUUGCUGCGCAAUGAUCAGUAACACUACAUAACCGCUGUGACGUAUACAAGCAAAAGUACAUGCUGGUUACUGUGGGCUGAUGAGAGCUAGGUCCUGGCAGGAUCGCUCUGCACGGCAUGCUGCACACAUCGUGUUUUAUUAUUGAAUUAUUCAUGUACCAAAACACUUGAAUCAAA